AUGGGGAAUCUAGUCUGGCCUAACCGAAAACCUGGGAGCGUGACGCCCGCAGGAUGUCCCGGCGCCGGUGGCAAGUGGCCUGAAUUCGUACCUCCCAAAGAAGGCGACAGUCGGUGUUCGUGUCCUGCUUUAAACGCGAUGGCUAAUCAUGGUAUCCUGCCACACGACGGGAAGAACAUCAAGUUCUCAGAAAUGGGCGACAAGAUUCGCGAAACAUACAACUUUGCACCGAGCUUCUGCCUCUUCGUGCCCAACUACGCUGCCACCAUGCUGGGGAAGGACUUCAACAAGGACACGUUCGACCUGCAAGAGCUGGAUCUACACAAUGGGAUUGAGCACGACGCCUCGCUGACCCGCGAGGAUGCGGCGCUCGUUCCUGACCAGUCCAAGCCGCAUAUCCCUUUUAUUCGUGAGCUUCUUGACUCCGCUACGGGGACAGAUGCAGAAGGAAGGAAGGUCCUGACCAUUGAAGAUCUUUCCAAGUACUCCGCGAAGCGCCGCGUCGACGCCCGCGAAACUAACCCCGAAUACACCCUCAGCAAGGUCCACAGGACUUUUGGCAGUGCAAAGAACGGAUCCCUGGAUGGUUGGGAGUCGAGGAUCCUUGAAGAGUUUGGCUUGACGAUUAUCACGUUCAACGUGAAGACUGUCAAUAAGGUGGAGCGCGGUAUCGAUGAGGAGAAGUAUAUCGCUGAGAAGAAGGCGACGGCUGCUGCAGCUGCUCAGGGAAAUGCGGAGGGUGAAUCGAGCGGCGUUGCCUAA